AUGGAUAUUGAUUAUAAAGCUAUUAGGGAUAUUGAAGUGGGGGAAGAGCUAUUGGUGUAUAUGAAGAAAGGAAUUUUCCCCGAGGGAUCGAUGGCACUAAACCUCGAAGACGAACAGAUGUACCGCUGUGAGGACUGUGACGAGCUGUUCACCUCGGCCCUGGAGCUGCAGCGGCACCAGAAGUGCUUUUGUUCCAGCGCCGGGUCCGUGUUCGACACUCUCAGCAACGAGGACUUCAAGCAGGGCUGUGACGACAGCGACCACGAGUCUGUCCACGAGUGCAAGGACUGCGAGAAGAUCUUCCCCGACGAGUACAGUCUGGGCCAACACAUGAUUGUGCACACAGAGGAGCGAGAGUACAGGUGUGACCAGUGUCCCAAGGCCUUCAACUGGAAGUCCAACCUCAUCCGCCACCAGAUGUCCCACGACAGCGGCAAACAGUUCGAGUGUCAAAACUGCGAUAAGGUGUUCACGGACCCCAGCAACCUGCAGCGCCACAUCCGCUCGCAGCACAUAGGGGAGCGCACUCACACCUGCCCCGAAUGUGGCAAGACCUUCGCCACCUCCUCGGGCCUCAAGCAGCACAAGCACAUUCACAGUAGUGUCAAGCCCUUCAUCUGCGAAGUGUGCCACAAGUCCUACACGCAGUUCUCCAACCUGUGCCGCCACAAGCGCAUGCACGCCGACUGCCGCACCCAGAUCAAGUGCAAAGACUGUGGCCAGAUGUUCAGCACUACUUCCUCCCUCAACAAGCACCAGCGUUUUUGUGAGGGCAAGAACCAUUAUGGCCCUGCCGGGGGCCUCUUUGCUCCCGGCAUCCCUAUGAGCAGCCCCAUCCUGGCCAAGUCCAGGUCCCAUCCCCAACCGGGACUCAACCACUCAGGUCUGGCCUUCCCUGACUACUUCCCCUCCCGGCCCCAUCUUCACGCCAGCCUAUCCUUCUCCCCCAGGCCGCAUGGCUUCCCCUCGCUCUCCCAUGGCUUCCCGGAUCUCUUCGUCCCCUCGCUCUACCCCCGACCGCCCUUACUGCCCCCCAGCCCCUUUCUGAAGAGCCCCCUGGGCAAGAACAGUAACAACGGUGGAAGCCAGGAGGGCAAGCUGCCUCACAGCCCCCUGGACGGGACUCCACUGUCUCUGAUCAGCUCCAUCAACAACAACAACGGAGGAAAUAGUCUCCUCAGCAGUCAGGAGAGGGAGGACAAAGAGAGGCUGGAGCUGGCGUACAGAGAAGUCAAGGCCAAAGCCAAGAUGUCGGAGGCGUCGGAUGUCAGCGACCUGGAGGAAGUCAACGCCACCAGCGGCACCGACCUAGACACCACCACCGGCACCGCCUCGUGUUCAGAGGUAGACAGCGACGCUGAGAGUGAUCGGGAACAAUGGGAGCGGGUCAGCGGCACAAAGAGAAGGAAGGAGGCAGGCGUUAGAGGGGUGGUGGGGACAGAUAGGAUCGGUCAGGAUGGGCGGCCGGACAACGUGAGCAGCGGCUCAGUGUCGGCGGUGUCCAGCUCGUUCAACCUGGCUUGCGAGCAGCCCCCCUUCCUCUCGGUCGCCUCCCAGCACUCCUUCUUUCCGCAUCCGGACGAGCAGGCACUGCCCCCCACAGGGGCCACCGCUGCCACCGACUCCAUCAAGGCCAUCGCUUCCAUUGCCGAGAAGUACUUUGGCCCUGCGCUCAUGGGCCUGCAAGAGAAGAAUAUGGGCUCGAUGCCCUGCCAUUCGAUGUUCCCUUUCCAGUUCCUACCCAACUUCCAUCACUCCCUCUACCCCUUCACCGAGCGGGCCGGUGCCCUCAAACCCGGCAUGUUCUUCAAGGCUGAGCCCAAGUCGCCUCGUGUGCAACAUCCGCCACCCCACAAAAUGGCUGCCCCUCGCACUGAAGAGUCAUCGCCCUUUGACCUCACCACCAAGCCAAAGAAGACCAAACCGAAACUGCCGGCCCCCGCCAAGUCGACCCCACCCAGCGGUAGCAGCAACACCCCCCUCCUUCUCCCGGGGGAUGAGGAGCAGCCACUGGACCUCAGCAUCAGCAGCCACAGACGGGAUGUGCACAACGGGGUGGUGGCCCCUGAGCAGCCGUCCAGCCGCAAGAACCAAUGCAAGGAGGAGCACCCCGGCAGCCACCCACACCAACACACCCUGCCCACCCAGGGCCACCCCCUCCACCAGCCCCUGCUGUCACAGCACCAGCAGCCCCUGGCCCAGCCGCCCCAGCAGCAGCCCUCCCUGCAUUACACCAAGCCCUCGGCCUUCUUCAUGGACCCAAUAUACAGGUAUUUCAGCCCCAAGGAGACCAGAGUCCUCACCAGACACUUGUCCAGCAGGGUGGAAAAGAGGAAGUUACUGGACCCUGUUGGAGCUUUGAAGGAGAAGUUCCUGAGGGCCAAUUCGCUUCUCUUCCAUCCACAGAUGUCAGCCAUGGAGAGCAUGACGGAGAAGCUGGAGAGCUUUGGCGCUCUCAAACUGGAUGCUUCGCCCAACUUGCUGCAGCACUCGGCCCACCCACUCUUCAAAUUCCGCUCGCCGCCCUCCCUCUCUGACGCCAUCCUCCGCAAAGGCAAAGAGCGUUACACCUGCAGGUACUGUGGGAAGAUCUUCCCCAGGUCAGCUAAUCUUACCAGGCACUUACGGACACACACAGGGGAGCAGCCCUACAGGUGUAAAUACUGUGACCGCUCGUUCAGCAUCUCCUCCAACCUCCAGCGGCAUGUACGCAACAUCCACAACAAGGAGAAGCCCUUCAAGUGUCACCUGUGCAACCGCUGUUUCGGCCAGCAGACCAACUUGGACCGCCACCUAAAGAAGCAUGAGCACAAGAACCUGCCCGUGAGUCAACACUCUGGGAUCCUCUCCAACCUAGGAAACAACAUUUCCUCUCCCAACUCCGAGCCAGAUCACCAUGCACUUUUAGAUGAGAAAGGGGACUCUUACUUCUCGGAAAUCCACAACUUCAUUUCCAACAGCGAGAUGAACCAGGCAUCCAGCUCCACAGACAAGAGGUCAGAACUUACGGAGGAGGAGUGUCUGUCGAGCCACGGCCUGUCCAGCUCCCGGGGGCUAGAGGAGGCGGAGGGAGAUGAUGAAGAGGAGGACAAAGGCAGCCUGAAGGAGGAGGAGCGUCCGUCGAGCCACGGCCUGUCCAGCUCCCGGGGGCUAGAGGAGGAGGAGGCGGAGGGAGACAAUGAAGAGGAGGAAGAAGGCAGCCUGGCGGAGAAAUUUCAGGACGAAGCACCCAAAUCCCUCUCCCCGAUCACCAUGGUCACACCGGGGGCGUACGAAGACGAAGAGGGGGAGGGAUCGGAGGAAGCCACACCGUUGCCUAUAAGCUACAAACACACCCGCAGACUUCUGACCAAGUUACAGACACAACUACCACCAUCAGACCAGCAGUGCUGCUGCGGGUAUACAGAGGAGGAUGGUAGGCUAUUAGACCUGGAGGGCCUACCCAGCUUCCCCAAUGGUCUGGACCUGCAUAAGGCCAACAAUGGUGUACAGAGGAGGAUGGCUUAUGCAAUGAUGCUUUCUCUGUCGGAGAACAACCCUUUGCACGCAUCCUCCCAGAACUCACUGGAUGCCUGGCUGAGCACGGGAGGGGGGCCGUCCGGGACGAGCAGUUUUUACCCACUCAGACACAUCUAAGAGAGUUAGGAGGAGGGAUGAAGCCUACUGCGGAGGAGAACUCAACAACACAUAGUCCUGGCCUGAGAAGAGAGAGGAUUUGUGGCUCCUGCCCUUCUGUGUGUGAGUGUGUGUGUGAGUGUGUACGAGGGGCCUCUAAGAUAGACACUCACAGGCAGAGAUCAAAGUAGCACUGCUCCACCCGUGUAGAGGGGUGAAGGACGUCCCAGGAAGGACCACCCCACUCCAUUCCAGCGAAGCCCUCUAGUUGAACUCUCAGAGACAGUCAUUCAGUAUGCCACUGCAUUACUAGGGGAGCAAAAACGUCUAUCCAGACACAGUCUACAACAGCAAUUUCUCAAUCGCUUCAUAUACAGUGACAGUAGGUCUGGAAUAUGUGCAUUGCAUGUCCAUAGGGGGGCGCUCUUCUCACUCUUUUUAGGCACCUCCGUGCUCAGUGUUAAUAUAAAUAGUGAAGUGACAACUGAAAAAGUAUUUUUUCUCUCUCUCUUUUACUUCUUGCUGAAGGAAUGAAAUUGAAUCGAAACGCAAGUGAGAUUGUGAGUCUCGGUUUCAAUGCUUUUUUGUGUAAAAACCAGUGUGCCAAAUUGGAAAGAACCCGUGAAAUCGGAUGCUUUUAUUUAUAGUGACAUGGUAGUUCUAGAUUGUUUAGAUCAGUGGUUCCCAACCAGGGCUACUAGAACUCCGGUGGGGUACUUGGUCUAUCCACAGGGGGUACUUGAGGAGACUAUGGGCCUACUGGUAAAAUGCACAUGAAGGGGUACUUCAGGGGUACUACGGGCAGAGCAGUUGGUGGUACAAUAACUGGAAAAGGUUGGGAACCACUGAUUUAGAUCAUGUUUGCAAUGUUGUGUCUAUCGUGUGGUUUGAUGAUUCUCGCUUCAUUUGAACAAAUGCAACCAGUAUGCUGAGUGUUUUGUGUUCAAGGUGGUUGAAUUCUUACUUUGGCUAUUUUGGAAAUUGCAGCCUUUACUAUGAUUGUCAGGUGAUUUGGAUGCCAGGGCAUUGUAUUGUUAGCUUGUAAUUUAUCCUAAGUUUGAGCAAAUCAGUUUUACUCUACAAUAAAUCCCAUCAACAGUUCAUCAACAGUUUAACAGUGCUCCGAUUCUGCGUGAAUGUUUUCAUUUUGUACGAAUUCUUAUUUUUAAAUGUGACCAUGUGCUUGUAGAAAAGAACAUCUCAGAAUGCCCCAUCGUAGAUAAAAUAGACGUUGUUUGUCAGUCCAACUACAGUGUACCAUGCCAUCAUAUUUCCACUCUUUAGUUGAAGAGUCUGUGCUAUCCGGGAUCCCAUUGAAAUUGAAAUGUAAAAUGGCUAAGGUAAGGAUCCCGGAUAGCACUGACUUUUUUACCUUUAUUUAACCAGGCAAGUCAGUUAAGAACAAAUUCUUAUUUUCAAUGCUGGCCUAGGAACAGUGGGUUAACUGCCUGUUCAGGGGCAGAACAACAGAUUUGUACCUUGUCAGCUCAGGGGUUUGAACUUGCAACCUUCCGGUUACUAGUCCAACGCCCUAACCACUAGGCUAACCUACCUUACUUGAAGUAGCUUUACUCUCAGGGUCAAAUGGUUCUGUAAGUAGUAUUGACUCUAGUGACUUGCCUAGUUAAAUAAAAAAUUAAAAAAAUAGCUUGAUAAUUCACCCCUUACUUCAGCUGUGUCUGAGAUGUAUUUAUUGUCUGUAAGGGGUUUUAACAUCCAGCAUAACACAUUUACUGUACUGUGAGGAGUAAACCUGACUGGCCUCACUUAAAAUAAUGAUGACCUUGGGAAAAAAAAUCUACAUCUAAUUGAAGCACUGUAAUCAUUUGUUUUGUCAACAGGUGGCAGGGUGAUACUAGUUUUGCUGCAUAAAUCCUCUUAAGGAUCCGCCCAUUUUUAAAAAUGUUUUCCUAAAAUAACAUACCCAAAUCUAACUGCCUGUAGCUCAGGACCUGAAGCAAGGAUAUGCAUAUUCUUGGUACUAUUUGAAAGGAAACUCUUUGAAGUUUGUGGAAAUGUACUACUGUAAUAAGUGUGUGCUGUUAUGGAUCCACAUUGAAGUCAAAGAUCACAUUGUUGUCUCUCAAAUACAUAGUUCCAGUUGUUGCUUAGCUAGCUAGCAUUUUUUUUGCCAUAUUAACAUAGAAGUGUCAUCAAUCAAAACACCUCAUAACAAAGACAUGGUUUCAAGAACAAGGUAAAACCCGCUGAAACGAGUUACCCACGAUUCACAUGUCAGCUUCUUGUCAUUCUGGCCAUCCAGAAUCACAACACACAGACGUCUGCCCCAUUGAAGCGCGCUCAUCGUUUUCAUUAUGUUUUCAGCUAACCAGGGUAUAGUAUUUUCACAAACAAUGUUGCAUUAUGUCCAAAACAUUCAAUGAAAAGAAAUGGGUUAAAUGGAUGGUGCUCGUUUCAUUUGAAUCUGCGUUGUAUCACCUCUGUUGUGUUUAUAAAAAAUAUAUAUUGUGCAUGACGUGUUUAGCAGUCAUAAUGAUGUCCAUUUGUGAAAUGUGCAUCUUAAAUUUAAAAAUGAAAAUUUUAAAAUAAAUGAAUCUGUAGAUGCACUUAUUGUACGUGGUUGGGUUAGUAGGUUUGACUUCAAAUCAAUACAAUACAAAUGUAUUGGGCAGGUGGUUCUUAAAUGACUAUAAAAAAGCUUGUGGCAGAGAGAUGUAAUAAACAAAUGAAAGGAUUGUAGAAUAACAUGGAUCAAUUCUGAAAUUGCAGUUUUUUUAAUGCUUGUGAUUAUUGAAGAAAUGUAAUUGAAAUGAUAUGAUUCUGAUGAUAGAAAUGUAUACCAAAUGUAAUCUUUCCAAUGUUAUGAAGAAUUUAUACAUGAAAUUGAUAUGCAAUAAAAACCUGUGUGCUUUUUA